CUUUAUUUUUGCUUCCCACGGCCGGAGUACCCAAUUUCCCUCCCUAAUUUCCGAGCUUCCCUCCCUAAUUUCUGAGCUUCCCUUCCCGAUAGAGUAGACCCAAGUAAUUUCUGAGCUUCCCUCUCUAAUUUGAGCUUCAUUUCUGCUAAAACUCAUACUCCUCUCAACAGAUUCCCCAUUUUCCAUCCCUUAUUUCUGAGCUUCCCUCCCCACAGAUCUCCAAAAUUUGUAAUUGAUUUUGGUAAAACUCAAAAACCCAUUGAACCCAGCUACAAAAUUCGUUUUCUCCAGUCUAAUCCAUCAACAACAAAGGGUUUCGCGCAACCAACCGCAGCCCCGCUUGCUUUCUCCUCUCCGUCAACCAUGAUCUGUUGAGGAUCCUAUUAAAGACAGUACUUGAGAGUAGCCCUCGGUUUUACUGAGAGAAGAAGAAGGUGGAGCAUGUAAUUCGAGAGCAGAACAUUUGGGGUGCAUUUGGCAUACUAGAGCUGUUCUGUGAGUUUGUUCUGGCACGCAUUCCUAUUCUUGAAAACUCAAAAUAUGCUGGGUACUCAUCUUGCUUCCGCAAAGAAGCUGGUUCACAUGGUCGAGAUACUCUUGGAAUUUUUCGAGUUCAUCAGUUUGAGAAAGUGGAGCAUAAAAUCAACCAUAUGCAUUUACAUAUGCAUGGAAUUCGUUCCUACCCUUGUUUUUUCUUGCAUUUACUUUACCUCACACUUUCAAGUCAAGAACCUUUUGACCCAAACCAGGCUGCAAGAUGAUAUGUGGGAGAAGGAAGGGUGGUUGGCCUCUCUAAAAUUACAGAAAAAGUUGGAGACUGAUAGAGAACGAAGCAGUAGGUCGAGAGCUUCACAGAACUACUGUAGAAUAUUGAGCCUUCUGCUAAGUAUCUUCCCUUUGCUGUGACAAUUUUUUGAAUUUAGGCAAAGAAAUGCUCUUGAGGUCAUUUUACAGACUCUAGUUUUAGGAUGAGCUUUAGAUAUCAUUGUAUCUUGGACAACCCAAUAUUAGCAACUAAAAUGUAAAUAAAACUUUAAGAAUAAAUAAUUUUUCUAUCUCCAAAAUGUGCUCUUUACUCUGUUUGUUUCAAUUUUUCAGCUGCUGUUCCAGAAUUUCAGUUAGAAAGGCCAGUAGAUGUUGAUGGACCAAGUGAGGUGUUGCCAAAACUGCAGCUAGAGGCUAUAGGUAUAAUUAUUAACUAGCCUGUAACAUAUAUAAUAUUAUUGCCUAUCUUGAAGGGGAGAAGGGUUUAUGACCUCUGUAACAAUAGGGCAUUUGUUCUUGUGAGCAAGUACAAAAUAAAUGUUGGAAAACAUUUUAGAGACCAAGAAGUAGAAACAAAAAAUGAUGACACAAAUCUUUGUGUUGGUUCUCUGCUUGUCUGCAAGGGGUGAGGGCUAUAUGGAGUACUAGAUGUAACUUUGUGAGGAAAGGGAAACCUGUAACUGGUAGGCCAGGUUUAUGA